UAUCAUGCCUUCUUCAUCUGACUAAAGGAGAGAAAGUGAGAAAAAGGGGUAGACGAGAGCUACGUCAUAGAUUAGGCACUUCCUUGAGGCUUGGUCAGGAAUUUAAACUGAAAGGAUAAUUUGGUUGUGGUAUAAUAGUAGUAUCGCGAUUAAGUUUAAGUAGUAGUGACGUAACAAUGCGGUAACAAAAGUUUAGAAAAAAGUUGUUUGUGACGCCUGUUUAGUAUUUGUUCCGUCAUAUCUGCUGGGUUUGAAGAUAAUUAUGACGAAACAAUGAACCAGGAAGUGACGUAUGAUAUGCAUGGUUGGUUGUACAGGUUAAUACAAGAAGGCUGGUUGCGCAAAAGAUGGCGGAAACGAUGGUGUAUUCUCAACAAUAAUAAACUAAUGAUGUUUGAAUAUAAGACAAUGGACGAGAAUGACGUGCAUUGUGGGAAAAUUAACCUGGACAAUUAUACCGGUUGUUCGAAUGCUCAUAAACGCGAUUGUAAGAAAAGUCAAUUCACCUUCGUUCUAGAACCAAAGGAUAAAAAGAAAACAAAGCGGGAACUUUUCUACUUGGAAGAUUCGAAAGAAUUUGAACAAUGGGUUGCAAAGCUUGAUUAUUCGGUCACAAUCGUCACAAUGGGGGCUCGAUCUAACCUAGAUCACGUGACUAAAACACGAGCGAAACCUGCAGCAGCCAAUAGGAGGCCUCCAACGAGACAACACUUAAAAGAAAGGGCAAAACAAAGUGACGUCGACUUUGAGCCACGCGAGGAAGUGAUAAAGCCAAAGAAACGAGGUCACGUGCCCGAGAAAGCCAUGAAGCCACCUAGCGGAUUGACUAUCAAGCCAGCUACGAUAAAUACAACUCCCCUUAACCAACCAAUCAUAACGCUUACAGAACUCCCUCCUCCAUCCUCCCACACACAAGAUAAUCUCCCUCCUCCUCCAUCCUCCCACACACAAGAUAAUCUCCCUCCUCCUCCAUCCUCCCACACACAAGAUAAUUUCCCUCCUCCUCCAUCCUCCCACACACAAGAUAAUCUCCCUCCUCCUCCCACUCCUCCUAUUUCUCCUCCUGCUCCUCCCCCUCUUUCAAACAAGCCAAAGUUUUCCCGCUCCGAAGAUGACGUAACCAGCGAUGACGUCAUAGCCAAUGAUUCUGACGUCACUGAAGAAGACAUAAACUAUGUCAAUGACGUCACACACGAUAUUGCCAUAGAUCGUGACGUAACUACCGAUGACGUCACUGAUUCACUGCGCUUCAAUGGCGGCUUUGAAUGGAAACAUCGGAUUCUGGAACGCGGGGUCAGAUCGAGGUCACUGAUGACAUUGGAUGACGUAGAAAGUGACGUCACAGAUUCAGGAAUUCACUCCGAUUGUGAAACGAAACAAUUAAAACAGAAAUCACGUCGUCCCCGUUUGGUAAAACGACGUCAUAAUCAAGACGAAUAAUGUGUUUUGUGACGUAACUGAUGAUUAUUUCCUUAAUUGUUUAUUUUACCGACGUAACAAUGGCAUAGUUCUCGAAUCCCUGUGAUGCAAUAAGAUACUUCGAACAAUGCC